AUGGACGUAAAUAAAGUACGUGUCGCACGAUUGGCACACGUCGUCUACCAACAUGUCGACAUCGACAAAGCCUUGGAAUUUCUCAUCGACUUCGGAUUCGUCCAAAUCGAACGAAGAGCCAAUCUUAUCUACCUCGGUGGCUAUGGACAACAGCCAUUCAUUUACGUACUCGAACAGUCACCAGAUUCCGAGAAACACUUUUGUGGCGGGUAUUGGGUCGUCGAAAGCAUGGAGGAGUUAGAGAAAGCAGCUUCACACACUAAUGCGACGUCUAUCCAGGACUAUGACGCUCCUGGUGGAGGAAAGUUCGUGGUUAUCAAAGACCCUAACGGAUUCGACUGUGGCUUCGUCUACGGACAAAAGCUUCAGGAGAGAAAGAGAUCAGCGAUAACCCUUGAAGCGAAUGAUCCGGUGUCCAACACUGUCGAGGAGAAGCUCAGGAAGGGCUCCUUUCGAAGAUUCAAGAAGGCACCCAGCCCGAUUCAUAAGCUCGGUCAUUAUGGCUACAGUGUUCCCGCGAACAAGUUCGACAGCACUUACACAUGGUACACAACUGUCCUCAACUUGAAAUUGAGUGACGCAAUAUUUGACCAGGCGACCGGAAAGGACGAGAGCUGUUUCUGCCAUAUUGAUCUUGGAACUGAGUACUCUGAUCAUCAUAGCUUCUUCCUCUCAAUCGAGCCGGGUGCCAAGGCACCCCACGUGCACCACUCAAGCUAUGAGGUUAAUGACUUCGAUACACAGACCUUAGGCCACGACUGGCUCCGGAGUAAAGAGUGGAAAAGUUGUUGGGGGGUCGGGCGGCAUGUGCUUGGGAGCCAGAUCUUUGACUAUUGGUUUGACAGCUCUGGGAACAUAGUAGAGCAUUACAGCGAUGGCGACCUGGUCAAUGAAGAAACUCCUACCAGCCGUGAGCCUGCAGUGCUGGAAUCACUUUAUGUAUGGGGACCUAAUCUCCCACUGGGAUUGCUGGCCAAGGAGGUCGGGAGAGGAACGGUAGUGCCUCCAGAUGUCGUCUUGGGGAGACCAGCAAUCAUUUCGGAAACUACUUGA